AUAAUGAUUGAGACGAUUAUUAAUUCUACGACGGGUGGAAUAUGACAUAAUAAUAAGCACUUGUUUUUUUCUAAAGUUUCAACCAAAUACUAAGAAAUAUAGAGUACUUCAUAAUUUAAUUAUUUUCUGAAAAUCACUUUUUAAAAUUCAUUUAUUCCAAAAAAUCAUUUUUCAUCCGUAGAGAAGGAGCUAAUCCCAAAUAAAAUACAUCAAUUUUCUAUUAAAAAAUUACUUUUAUAAUUAUCACAUCAUUUUUUUUAUUACUACCUCUGUCACAGAGUAUUUGUUCAGUUUUAAAAUUUGGAGAGGAGGCUCAUUUUUUUUUUAUGAAGGGAAGGGAGUACAACUUUUUGAAAGAGAGACUUUGCAUAUGCUGAGGCCAGGAAGAAGAAUUUAAUCUUUUAGAGGUAAAAGCAAUGGACGAGGGUCGUGGUAGAAAAUACUGCGACCACCCCUUGUUCGGAACCGAGACGGCGGGGGAGGGAAGAAGGCGGCUCUACCGCCUUUUCGCCUCCACCAUUUUCGCCGGCAUCGUCGGCGUUCUCUCCUACAGGGUGGCCCACAUGCCGGGCCCCGACGGCGAAUACGGGAGGGCGGGUUGGAUUGGAAUGCUCGGGGCCGAGCUCUGGUUCGGGUUCUAUUGGAUUCUCACUCAGUUUCUUCGUUGGAGCCUCGUCUUCCGUCGCCCUUUCCCACACAGUCUCUUGAAAAGGUGCGUUGUGCAUGCCCGUUAAGCGUUUAAUUACUCUUUAGCUAAAACAUAAUGACUUUCCUAACUAAUGUAGGAUUUAAAUUUUUUUAUUCUCUAAAUAGGACUUAAUAAUGACCUAGUGGCCGGAAGGAAUAAUGUCCAGUAAUGAUGGACAUUUAGUUGAAUAAUGACUACUUGAUAAU